AUGCGCCUACGAGAAUGCUUUCUCGCUACUCCUUCUUCUGCCCUGACAAAAUUGACAGUUGUGCUUCGCCAGGAUUACUCCAUCUCUCUGCGUCCAUUGUUGAUUCUUGCUGGUUUCAUGGCCGAACCCCUGUGUGAAACAAUGUGCUUCGGUAUCAUCGAGACACUACCACUCGAAGUCUUUCAGAACAUCGUUUCCUACCUCGACAUUGGCGACGAAGCCAGGCUCUACUCAACAUGCAGUCGCUUACACAUCUACGGUGUACCGUUUCUCCUCGAGCCCUUCACACGCAAUCAACGUGCCAUGUUGUGGGCGCUCCGCCACGAUGACGUAGCUCUAUUCCAGUGCUGUGUACAAGCUGGCGCACCGCUCAGCGUCGUGACCGUCUUCAAGACCAAGAAGCCGGAGCCCGGCGUCAACAAGACGGGCGAGACCGGCCGCCCGCGUGUGCGCAGCCCCAAACGGCUGUCAACCCUCGCCCUAUCCGUGCGCCGCCAGUCUUUACGCAUAUUCGAGCAUCUGCGCGCAUGCGGCGUCAGCUUCGAAGGCGUGGCGCCGGCUGCGCUCCAAACUCAACUACGUGCGCUCAUGAAGCGACUGGUAAGCCCUGGCCGCCUUGGCACGCUACAGGCGCUCGCUGAGUGCGGAUUCCUUUCUUGUAUCGAGGCGUAUACGGACCGAGACACUGCGUGGCCGUUGUCGCGCGCCAUAGUGGCUGGAGCAUCCGAAGCGUUGGUGCGGCUUUUCCUUCAAGCUGGCGCCGACGUCAACGCCGCGCAUGAGCACCGUCGCUUUGGAAGCAUCGCGCCUCUGUCAGCUUCCAUAUUAACGAGCGAUGCCAGCAUGAACCAACUCCUGGUGCAUCAUGGCGCCGCCUACGAGCCAUCGACGCUACACUUUCGUCCCGCCACGCGGCCGACCAGACACCCGCUCUUCGCAGCGGUCCGGCGUCUCGCCCAAUCGCAAGUCCACGAUACCUCGAUACUGGAAGACUGUCUUUCCCACGGCUGUUGCCUCAAUCGGACGGAGCCACGGGUUUGGGAUCGCGGCUUCAACUGGGACUGGCGGCCGCGGCAGCAGUUUAGCACGCCCCUCCUCGAAUUCCUAGACGCAAUUCCGUCCAUGACGGGCACCGCGGCACAGAAACAAGCCACGCUUCAAAACCUCGCUUUCCUGGUAGAGCGGGGUGCCCGGACACCAGCGGCGCCCGACGACGUGCCCGGCACACUGAUUCAAGCGACGACGCCGUCAUGCCUGGAGUUGCUCAUCGACCGCUGGCAGCUAGAGGCGCUCAACAAUGACCACUUCUUCGCCAUUGUGACGAUUCUGGUCGAGGCUGGAUGUAUGGACGGGGCGAUGGGUCGCAUCAUGCGACGGUACUGCCGGGGGGUGCGCAACCGAGACCCCUUCUUCGCAGCGGCGUGGUGCGGUUGGCGUCGGCUCGUAGACCUGUUCCUCGCACAGCCCGGCGUGGACCCGAGUGCGCUACUUCUGCACCUGCUUGUUGACUCGGGCACCAAGGAGAUGGCAGCCGUAGAGCGGCUACUGGUCGCGGCCGUCGACCACCUGCUGGCGCGCGGUGCCGACAUCAACGCGUCGGCCUCGCCGCUUGGCAGCUCGGCGCUGCACAUGUUGUGCACCGUCUACCAGCACCCGACCCCAGACACCAUGUGGUGGCAUCGAUCACCUUACCAGGAGCCCGUCGUCGAGCACCGCCGCGACCUGCUGCGCCUCAUGAUGAGCCGUGGCGCUGACCCUCUCCUGCGGUUCCACGGCCGCAACGCGCCGACCGAGCUUGUCCAGUACCUCAACGUUGCUGACCCUUCGACACGCGCCUGGAUCAAAAAAGUCGGGAGGACUCUGUGCGAAGUCGCGAGCGUGGUAUUCGACGGUCCUGUCGCGAAAUGCAAUGUGAGGUUUGGCGGCAUUUUAUUCUUGAUGGUUCACAAAACAGGUCGAAGGGAGACAAAGUACGAUGAGACAUACGAGUGA